AUGCACAAGUUGUUACUGUCGUUGCUCUGCUGUGUGUCCGAGUCGAAGCACGACCCCACCCGGGUGGUGUCGCACCACGGCACCGGCGUCGACACCAAGUCGCCCAGCCUGACGCUGAAGCUGGGCGCUGCUACUAAUACUCGUGGCGCCAAUCAGAAAGUGGGCGCCGCCGCCGCCGCUCAAGCGGCCAUCCAGAAGGAAACCGAACAGAAACGGGCGGCGUCCGCCAAAGCCGCCGCCGCCAGCGCCGCCGCCGGCGGCGCUAGCCACCUGGUGAAGAAGAACAGCGACCGCGACUCGACCCUGGUCAACGAAACCGAUACUAUUACUAAUGACGACCUGGCGGCGCUCGGCGAGGAACCCGUCAAAGACGGUAUAGGCGCCGCCGACGCCGACCGUGACGCUGACCACCACCAUCAUCAUAACCACCACCACCACGACUCGUCGCGGACCGUCGCCAGUGGCGCUGGUACACACACGACCGGCGCCGUCGCCACCGCUGCCACCAACACUAAUACUGGGACUACUGCUGCUGUUGCCGCCGCCACCGUUGCCACGGCGGGCGCUGCCACCACCUCGGCUUCGGGCGACCACUACGACGCCAACGGCACCGCCACCGACGGCUACGUCGACUGCGAGAUGGAGGAGCUCGACCCCGACUACCAGCCGCUGGAAGAAGAGGAGUUUCUCGACCUCACCAAGCUCCAGCCGGGCCAAGCAUUUAACCCGACCACGGGCGCCCUCUUAGGACCGAAACCGCCCCAGUUUGCCAACCGCAAGUGUCUUAUUCUCGACUUGGACGAGACUUUAGUCCAUCUGAGUUUUAAGUAUUUGCGCACCGCCGACUUCGUGAUCCCCGUCGAAAUUGAUAACCAGGUCCACCACGUGUACGUAAUUAAGCGCCCAGGGGUCGACGAGUUUUUGCGCCGCGUGGGCGAGCUAUACGAGGUGGUGGUGUUCACGGCGCUGGUGCUGAAGUACGGCGACCCGUUGUUGGACAAGCUCGACGUCCACCACGCGGUGCACCACCGCCUCUUCCGCGACCUGUGCUACAACUACCAGGGCAACUUCAUCAAGAACUUGUCGCAGGUGGGGCGCCCCCUCCGCGACACCAUCAUCAUCGACAACCUGCCGGCGCUGUACAUCUUCCACCCGCAGCACCUGAUCCCGAUCUCGCUGUGGUUCUCCGACACCCACGACAACGAGUUGUUGGACUUGCUCCCCAUCUUGGAGGACUUGGCCAAGCCGGGCGUCGACGACGUCGGCAUGGUGUUGGACAUCACCAUCUAG